CACCACCCCCAGCGCCGCCCCCCCGCCCGCCGCAGCCCCGAGCCCGCUGCGAUGGAGCGGUCCCGUCCGCUGGGGCCGACGCUGCCGCCCUACGAGCCGCUGGCGGAGGGGCUGGACAUGGAGGGGCUGUCGCGGAGCACCGUGGUGUCGGUGGAGCCGCCGCCGGUGCCCCCUCCCCGCGACCACCUGGCCUGGUCCCUGUGCACGGCGCUGUACGCCAACGUCUGCUGCCUGGGCUUCAUGGCGCUCGUCUUCUCCGUGAAGUCCAGGGACCGCAAAGUUCUUGGUGACUACAGCGGGGCGCUUAGCUACGGCUCCACCGCCAAGUACCUGAACAUCACCGCCCUGCUGCUCAACAUCUUCCUCGUCAUCCUCAUCAUUGCCCUGAUCGCUAGUGGCACCAUCAUUGUGGCGAACUUCUUCAACCACAACCAGGAGUAUCAACCCUUCCCCAACCCCACUUAGCCCUUCCCUUGCUCCGCAGGCAGAGCAUCCUCCCCUCUGUCUGCUAGGAGCCCCCGUCACCCCUUGGGGCAGGGGGGAUGUCUUCCGUGCAGACCCCAGAUCCUGCUGGGGUCGGUCCUGUAUCGCUUUCCUCGCUGCUCAAGCCCCUACGGAGCCCUUUCUGAUGGCCACCCUCGUUGGCCUCCCUGGAAGUGCCUGGAGACACCUCUCCUCUGGCAGGAGCUGAGCACCCAAAAACUGGCUGUAGCAAAGGGAAGAGCGUGCUUUUCUGCUUGCCGCUUCGCUCCGAUUUUGUAGCCCCAAGUGCCUCUAAGAAUAAUCCGAAGAAGUGCCUGGUUCAGAAAAAACCUGGUUCAAAUAAAAGUUUCUUUCACUUUUG